AUCAGCAUUUGGCGUACCAUUUUAAAAGUGAGCAAUUCUAUGUUGAGAAAGGAAGGUAGCAAUAACGCCGUGGACACGGCAACGUUAUUGAAACGAUAUGAAGAAGUUAAAAGAAGUGCAACUGUGAGGAAAGAUGAUUUCAAGACACUACCCAAAUCGGAACGUGGAACUGCUUUGAGGAGGACUCUCAAAAAGAACAAGCGUGCUCGUCAAGCUGAGCGUGAAAAGAUAAGAGAGGCACUCGGUGACAAUGCACCUCCUAAGGAGGAGCCAAAAACGAUUGAGAGCACAAGGGAAUAUGAUGUAACAAUGGUACAAGAAGACGACGAAGAGGUGAAACACGAUGAAGACAAUGAUGAGUUCGCACAGUACUUUAAUCGCGAAAGCUCUCCUAAGAUUCUCAUAACGAUGUCUCCGUUUGCAAAGAAGACGACAUGGAAGUUUUGUUUCGAACUCCGGAAAUGUAUUCCUAAUGCAGAGAUCUUUUCACGCAAAGGCGUUCCCCUGAAAAAGGUUGUUAAACAAGCGAUGUCGAAGGCCUACACUGAUUUAAUUGUUGUACAUGAGGAUCAUAAGAAACCAAAUGGAAUAAUUUUCUGUCAUCUUCCUGAGGGCCCAACAGCUUACUUUAAAAUCAAUAGCCUGAAGUUUUCCAAGGAUAUUCCGCGUUGUGGUGAAUCGACAUCUCACUACCCCGAAAUUGUGCUUAAUAACUUCAACACGCGUUUAGGGCAUAGUAUAGCGCGGAUGUUCGCCUGUUUAUUCCCAUAUGACCCGAAAUAUCUCGGUCGCCGUGUGGUGACUUUCCACAAUCAGAGAGACUACAUUUUCUUCCGGCAUCAUCGAUAUGAAUUUAAAAAAGAGGGUGAAAAGGCAGCUUUGCUGGAGCUUGGCCCACGGUUCACGCUUAGGUUAAAAUGGCUUCAAAAAGGGACGUUUGAUACAAAAUGGGGGGAGUUUGAGUGGGUUCUGAAAGACACAAACACCAUUUCCAGGCAUCGCUUUGUUUGGGGUGAAGAUGCUAUCGGGCCACAAGUUCCCGUCGGCUUCAAGGCUGGCGCACCGGAAAACCCAGAGCUUCAUACCUACGAUGGAGUUUAUAAAGGAACACCAUCAAAAGGAGAUAAAAUUAUUCCUGACUAUUUCUACCGCACGCCUACCAUGGGGACCACGUACAUCGAUCGAUGUGUGACAUAUUUUAUAUCAGCAUUACUGUGGUUUUGGUUUACGUAUCACAUGUAUUACCACCCCGGUCACAUAUUUGGACAUUGGUACAUGCCGUAUCUGCACGAAUUCACUGAUGAAGAGCUCGGAAUCCCUCCGGAUUCUGAACCGGAUCCAGAGUACUGGGGUAACCACGGCAAGAAAUAUGGAACAUACCGCUAG